UUGGAGUGUCAAGUCUUCACUCAGCAGUGUCCCUCCUGCGUAGGCUACAGUAGCUGUAGUUUCCAUAAUCCUCCAGAGAAAUGUCAUUGUAAAAGUUAUCUGACUUCAUUAUCGUUGCCAAAUAUUUGUAUUUGCAUAUCGUUUCAAGUGUGGGAGCUGCGAACCGGAUCAUCAGAGCUCUUGAUGCGGAGAGAUGCCACAGUACAUUCGAUAUGUACGGUAUAUAUAUAUAUAUAUAUAUAUAUAUAUAUAUAUAUAUAUAUAUAUAGCCUACGACCUAUGAAAUAACUGCUCACAGACUGGGAUUUAAUUCCUUUACCAAGAGGAUUUUGAGAUUGUCUUUUUUUGUGUUUCCGAAUUUGUGGAUUACUGAGAGUGGAAAUUGUGAAGGCACGUUCCAUACACUAAAUUUGAGUUUUUUGCGCGGAUAUUUAAAUUCUCCCAGUUCUAGUUACGACGGAAUUAACGAUUUGGAAGGGGAAUUACAACACGUCCACAAAAGGAAGAAAUUCAUUCGGAUCCUCACUUUUACGGCUUCUUGACCUUGCAUCUAAUUAGGCUACCAAUUCUUCAUGAUGUGGAUUUAUUUCUGCCUCGUUCUUUUUCUUUUAGAUGGGGUUGUGUUUUCCUGGGGCGGUUCCUCGUCGGCCCUGGUUGGGACGGGUGCCCAUGGCUGGUUGGAUUGUGUGAGGGCCAGUGACAUGUGCAACCAGAACCCCCAGUGCAGCUCCCGCUACCGGGUGAUGCGCCAGUGCCUGGUGGGCAGAGAAAGGGACACCAUGCUGGCCAACAGGGAGUGCCAAUCUGCCCUGGAGGUGCUGCUGGUCAGUCCCCUGUAUGACUGUCGCUGUAAAAGGGGCAUGAAGAAGGAGCUUCAGUGUCUGCAGAGUUACUGGAGCAUCCACAUGGGCCUGACCGAAGGUGGAGAGCUUUAUGAAACAUCCCCUUAUGAACCUGUGAUUCCUGUUCGCCACCCUGAUGCAUUCCGUCUCGCUUCCAUUAUCUCAGGGAUGCAAACUGUCGCCCCUAAAGCCAACACCUGCUCUGACCCCGGCAAGACUUGUAACCAGUGCCUGGAUGCAGCCAAGGCCUGCAACCUCAACAACACCUGUAAGAAACAGCGCUCCACCUACAUUGCCACUUGCAAUAAAGGGGAACCCUGUAACCGUAAGCGCUGCCACAAGGCCCUAAGGCAAUUCCUGGAUCGCGUGCCCAGCGAGUACAGCCACCAGCUGCUCUUCUGCCCCUGCCAGGACCUGGGCUGUGCUGAACGGAGGAGGCAGACCAUCGUGCCCUUCUGCUCCUUCGAGGACAAAGUCAAACCCUACUGCCUGGAGCUCAGGAAGAACUGCCGUCAAGACCCCCUCUGCAGGUCUAGACUGGCUGAUUUCCACAUGAACUGCAUGGUGACUCAGCACACAGUCAGCAGCUGCCCAAAUGAGGACAACUACCAGGCAUGUCUGGCCUCCUACGCUGGCCUCAUUGGGACAGAUAUGACUCCAAAUUACGUGGACGGCAGCUACACCAACUGGACUGUCUCCCCAUGGUGCACCUGUAAAGGAAGUGGGAACCAGGAAGAGGAGUGUGAGAGCUUUCUGAGGGACUUCACAGAGAACACCUGCUUGAGAAAUUCCAUUCAAGCAUUCGGUUAUGGAACAGACAGUCUCUUCCACAAAGCUGAGUCUGUCCCACCAACCCCUUCCAUGAAGCCUGGAUUACAGACCUCAGUCAGCACCUCAGAGCCAUACAACCCCAAUGACGUCCAGCCUGAGGAUGAGGCCCACGGGAAGGGAAAUGGACCAAAGUGCAAUCUCUCAAAAGGCUACAUUUAUGGAGAUGAGGAAAGGAGUGGAGGAGGGAAUGCUUCAUGUUUCUGUUGAUAUGCUAUAUUGCUUUGCUGGGGAAAUGGUGCCUCCACAAAUUGAGAAAGCUGCAGUUACUUGGAGGCAAAUUGUUUGCUAGGUGUUACAGGAAUCAGAGCAAAUUGAAAAUGUUCAAAAUGCUUACAAUGUUAUGGAAAAGCACAUAAUAAGGCCAUGCUAGAGUGGGCAUAACUGAGCAACUCUGGGGUGUACAAUAUCUAGAACAAUACAGAUGUAGUAUCUUAAUUUGAUCACCCUGUUGUUGCAGGAAAUUUUAACUUGUAGCAUAUUCUAGGUUUAAAAAGGCUUCUAAAGUUUGUAAUUUCCAUUUUAAAAUUUCGGAUAUGAUUUGCGCUAACAAAAAAUGUAUCAACCGCUACAAAAAUGAAUUGUAAUCCACACAAUAAUUCACAUUUCCUGAUGCUGCAGGAUUAUUUUCCUGCUGUGGGAUCCUUCAUCUGUAUGUCCCUUCUACCCUUUCUCCUAAUGUACUGUACAACAUAGUUGCCUUUCACAUUGACUGCUGUUGUCCAUGGUAAAAUGUUCUAUAUGUUCUAUAUCUAUAUGUGUAGAAGUACAAUGUUUUGACUGAUAUUGUACAGAAAUAAAACUUAUCCAAAUGUCUAGGAAGCAGAUUAGUACUGUAAAACUUCAGUUAAUAGCCCGGGUGUUUAUUUGCUUAAAUCACUAAACACAACAGACACUUUUUAAAGACAGGAUUCUAUUUGAGCCAGGCAUCUAUUUACUUAAUGCACACAGCUUUUGCUCAUUAGCAUAGUAAAACAAUUUCCCCCAGCAUUUUAAACAAUUACUUCAUUUCCUGCACUAAUGUGUUAUCAUUUACACACUGUCAUG